AAUUUCUUCAACGUGCUGUUCUUUCGCUGCAUAUUUUACACCUAUUUUACACCUAUUUAUCACCACUUAAAUACCUAUACAGAAAUUUGCGUUUCAUUGACAAUUGUUUGUUAUAAAUAUCUGUAGUGUAUUUAUUGUUAAUUUGGAAAUUGAAAACUGACGGUGGCUCCUCACAGCCAAUUGAUAACAACCCGUUCGAUAAGAUAUACAUAUUUGUGCUAUAUCAUCUGCCCUUCGUUCGACUUAAGCAGCUGUUGCUUUAUAUUUGUCCAAAAUGAGCACCGUCGAAAAAUCUGCUGAUGAUGCUGCAAACAACGCAAGCAAGCAGCCAACAAGUGAAGAGACGGAACAUGACGGUUGUGUACUUUGUUGUAAGGAAGUGGAAAUCUACUCGAUUGGUGAAUGUGAUCAUCCAAUUUGUUAUGAGUGUUCCACACGUUUGCGUGUACUUUGCGAGCAGAAUGAGUGUCCCAUUUGUCGGCAAGUGUUGUCCAAAGUGAUUUUCUCCUUUGAUAAACUGCCAUAUCGUACACUUGAAGCUAAAAAUCGUUCUGGUUAUUAUAGCAAAAAAUAUAAAAUCGGAUUUUAUACAGCGAAGAUACAGCAGGCAUUUUUUAAUUUAUUAGACCAUCCGUGCCCGAAAUGUAAUGUGCCGCCCUUUCGGAGAUUUAAAGAUCUCGAAUAUCAUGUGCGUAAAGAACACGACUUGCAUUUCUGUGACUUGUGCACUGAACAUUUGAAAAUAUUUACCUUCGAGCGACGCUGUUACACACAAGCCGAAUUGGGUUUACAUCGGACGAAAGGUGAUCGCGAUAACCGUUCACAUCGUGGUCACCCACUUUGUGAAUUUUGUAAGAAGCGCUAUUUGGAUCGCGAUGAACUGUUUCGCCAUAAGCGUCGUGAUCAUUACUUCUGUCACUUUUGCGAUGACGAGUCCAAUGACUUUUACAGGGAUUAUGAUGCUUUAGCUAAUCAUUUCCGAGAGCGUCAUUUCCUUUGUGAAGAAGGUCGAUGUGCUACUGAACAAUUCAUUGGGGCAUUUCGAACUGAAAUCGACUAUAAGGCACAUUUCGCCAGCGCUCACGGUAACACUUUGAAUAAGCAAGAAGCAAAGAAGACCCGCACAGUGCAAUUGGAAAUAACGCUAGGGCGACCAGCACGUCCCGGUCUGCCAGACGGUGGCAUCACUAAUGUGCGUUCGCGUGUGCCUGAUGACUACAAUGCACCGGCGGAGUCAUCUACAUCACAGGCUGCACAGCAACGCUCCAUAACUAUUGAUAGAAGUAACGAGGAAGAUUUCCCUUCAUUGGCUGGUACUAGCGGAGGCCCCAGCAUGCCUCUAGUACCAGCAACUUUCACGCGUUUACGAAGUGGCGCUUCCGGUUUAGCACGUACAAAAGAAAACUUUCCCGCACUGGGAGCCGGUGGUGGAGGAGAAAUUAGCGAUCAACGUUCGCAACAAUCAGCACCACCUAUAUCUACGGUGUUACGUAAAGCGCCAGCAGUUUCGAAAGGUGCUAUCAGUCGCAGCUCUGGUGGCAAUGCAGCUUCGAAUGGCUCCACAGGUAUGGUACUUCAUGUCUCCAAUCGGCCAACAGCUAGUGUAAAUCACAAUAGCGGAGCGGUAUCAAAAAAAUCCCAUGCGCUGGAUUUCCCAGCUUUACCAGCGUCGGGUAAAUCGAAAAAGCAACCACUACGUAAUCCCAUCGAUGAAGAUAUGUUACCUUCCGGUGCGCACAUACCGUUCUCAAAUGUGUCGGCUAAACAUCGGCAACUCGUUGACGAUUAUGUGUCGGUAGCAAACGCAAGCAGUUUUCAAAAGAUUCAAACCGUACAAAAGGAAGAGCUUGAGGCAAAAACUCGAAAAGCCGCAGAACAAGCCAGUGCACCAAAAUUGACGUCACAGGACUUCCCAUCGCUGGGUCUCGGCGCUGCAUCGCGAUCCAAUCAAGUACAAGCGAAUAAUUGGGCGAAAGCGCAAAAGCAGGAAAGAGCAUCAGAUAAAAGACAACGCGAAUUAGAGAAUCGCAAAGCUAAAGUAGCACCAGCACCGUUAUUACCAAAAGAGAACAACAACAAACAAUCAGUAAAUGCAACGAACAAAAAACAAACACAACCUACAACUACAAACAACAAAGUAAGUACAAACGCAACGGAAACAAGUGUAACAAAAAAAGAUAAGAAAUCGAAAGAUAAAAAGGAAAAAAUCAUGAAUAGUGACAAUAGCAAUCAACAGCAGAAGUUAAAUGGAAAGUCCAAAGAAAAAAAUAACAACAGUAAUAACAAUUCGUUGAAACGCGGUCAAAGCUCUACCUCACCUACAUCGUCCCUUGACAAUGGCACUGACAACGAAGGUGCGCCGCAAAUGCGACCACCACCCGGUUUCGCACAGUCAUCUGCAAACACACUACCGCCUCCAGGGUUUCAAACAACCGACGUCACAGUCAAUUCUAUAGCCAAGUCGCCGAACAAUCUCACCUUUACAAGCUCGUUUGGCGAAAGAUAUAGCAUCGUGCGAACGCAUCCCUACAUACAGCCACCCGAAGCAGUCACGCGCAAUCAGAAACUAGUUUCCCACUUUCAAGAUGCCUUAAAGACGCCCGAAGCUAUGGAAGAAUUCCGUCAUAUAUCGCAGAAAUUCAGAGAAGGCGUCUACAAAACGCUGCCCUACUACGAGCAUUGUCAGGCGGCACUUAAAGAUAGAUUCGACGACAUCUUUCCGGAACUAUUAGUACUACUGCCCGACCUUAAUAAACAGCAAGAACUAUAUCUAGUGCAUACGCAACGUUUGAACAAACUUUCACCUGAAGAACGCAAGAAAACGCAAAAAUUAGACGUGUGCGGGAUAUGCAAGCAGGUGCUGAUGUCCAGCGAUUUGCAGAACCACCGCAAACAGCAUGAACUUAAAGAAAACUUUCCGGUGCUUGGCGAUGUUAAUAGUGGCAGUGGCAUGGCGAAAACUGUUGCACCGUCAAAUACAAAUUCACGCAAAUAGUUGAGAAGUUGCUAAGUGAACAGUAGUGAAAAUUAACCAAACAAAAUCAUUUGUGUUAUACAGUUCCAAUAUCGAUAUCCAAUUACAUGAAUUGCAAUCAUCAAACUUACGCCAAAAUGUGCAUUAUGAAUUUCGAUUAAAUUUGAUACUUUUCAAUAAAAAAUAUACAUAUAUUUAUACAGCGCAGCAAGACAAACGGGUACUGAAUAUGUAUGUCUAUAUGUAAGCAUGUAAUGCAUGCAAUGUUAAAACUUAAGAUACUAAAAGUGUGUGCGCGGUCCUUUACGAGGCAAAUCAAUUUUUGCAAAAAAAAAAAAGAAAACGAAAAAAUACGAAUUACGUAAUUUUUAAUAUUAUUUGCAAAUGAGAUUAACGAUUAACUAAGUAUUAAAUUAGUUUAAAUUGCAUAGCAAAAUGUUACUAUAAAGAUAAAAUAUGUAUGUAAUAUAAAGCAAUAGUCACUUAACAUUUUAAUGUCUGUACAAAUUUAAUUUGAGUAGAACACUUGCACUAAUGUAAUGUACGUAAAAUAAUUACGAUGAAAAUAAAAUUUAUUUGAGAUAAAAUGAAUAACGUAAACUGAAAUAGUAGUACAAGCUACUUCUUUAUGUUGAGAGUCGA